AUGGGUGCGACAUUCUCUGCAUUUCGAGACCAGUCCUUCCGCAUCCCGGCACCACGCUUCACAGAGAAGGACCUCCCAGAUCAAACUGGAAAGGUACACAUAGUGACAGGCGGCUACACCGGCAUCGGCCUCUCCCUAACCACCAUCCUCUACGCCAAAAACGCAACCAUCUACAUCGCCGGGCGCGACGCUCAAAAAGCCAAAAACGCAAUCCACACCUUGCAAACCUCGCAUCCAAACUCAACAGGAUGCCUCAAGUUCCUAUCCCUCGACCUCGCGGACCUCAGCACCAUCAAAGGCUCCGCAGAGGAGUUCCUGCGUAGGGAAUCGAGGCUCGACGUCCUCGUCAACAACGCGGGAGUCAUGGCACCCCCCAUUGGGUCCAAGUCCGCCCAGGGUCACGAUUUGCAGACCGCGACGAACGUUUAUGGGCCGUGGCUGUUUACGUACUUUCUCCUUCCAUUGCUUGAGAAGACGGCGAAGGAGGCGGAGAACAAGGGCGCGGUGAGAGUCAUCUGGGCGGCGAGUCUCGCGGUGGAACUCGCUGCUCCACCGGGUGGGUUGGAGUUCGACGAUCAGACGGGACUGGUUAAGGGUGAUUUGACGAACGAGGCUCUAUAUGGGCAGAGCAAGGUUGGGAAUGUUUUGCUGGGGAAGGAGACAGCAAAGAGAUUUGGAGGGUCGGGUGUUGUGUCUGCCUCUUUCAACCCGGGAAAUCUCGAAUCGGAGCUCAAUCGACAUGCUACAUGGACGAUGAAGUUGAUCGGAUGGGUGCUGACCUAUCCGGUACUCAUGGGUGCUUAUACGGAGCUAUUCGCAGGUUGGUCGCCGGAAAUUACACCAGAGAACAAUGGAUGCUAUGUCAUUCCCUGGGGCAGACUCGGCGGAAUCGUGAAUCCAGGUGUCAACAAGGGUAUUGAGUCUGGACACGGAGAGAAGCUGUGGAAUGUUUGUGAGAGGGUCUGUGGGGAGUAUAUGUGACGUUCUGACGAUGAAGUAUCGAGCUAUGCUAUGAAAGAAUAUGGGCAUAA